AUGGCUAGAACUGUGACAGAGGCGUAUGAGUCGUUGAUGUCGUUAAGCGUACACGACCCGAAAAACGACCUGCACUCUUUUGGCAAUGGAGGCCAUGUUCCAAGGGUACUUACUACAACGCCAGACACUUAUGGGGAAACACAAAUAUUACAUCCCUCAUCCACGGUGGCGGGGUAUACGCGCCAUGCUGUGUACGCGGGCGGCGCAAGCACCUACCAUGCGCGCUCGCCCGCCGUACCGCUCAAUGCGAACGGUGAACCAAUCAAGCUGCCGGAAAAUCUAGAAAGCUUGCCGCGAGCGGAACAUUUUGCCGCUCAAAGACAUCGCUGGAACACCAAUGAGGAAAUUGCGGCUAUCCUCAUUAGCUUUGACAAGCAUACGGAAUGGCAGUCGAAGGAAGUCAAAAUACGGCCAAAAAGUGGCUCUAUGCUGCUAUACAGCCGAAAGAAGGUCCGAUACAGGCGUGAUGGAUAUUGCUGGAAGAAACGGAAAGACGGAAAGACAACGCGAGAAGAUCACAUGAAACUGAAGGUUCAAGGUACCGAGUGCAUUUAUGGGUGCUACGUACACUCCGCCAUUCUGCCGACAUUCCACCGAAGAUGUUACUGGCUACUGCAGAAUCCAGAUAUAGUUCUAGUACACUACCUGAACGUGCCGUACCCCGACGACAAUAAGCUGGCCACGGUGGCACCAAGUUUAGCGCUGUGGGCCGACAAAAAAGAAUGGACGAAAGACGAACUAGUCAGCCAGUUGAAACCUAUGUUCUUCAGUGAAGAUGAACCGGACCUUAAUAGCGAUUUGGAAAUAUCAGGGAAAAUGUUUCAGACGGCGGAAACCGUGGAAGCGAUUGUGGGGCAAUUAAUGGAAAAACAAAGAGCAGCUCGAGCAGCAGCAUUGGCUAGACAGUUAGAAUGCGGUUGCCCUGAUUCAACUUGUCAAGAUUCAAGGACAUGUGCUCAUCCCCUGCGUCGCAUCCAGGCUUCGAAACCACCAGCAUCGGACCACCACGUGUCCUCUACAACUGGACCCUCUCCUCGACCUAUGGCACAACCCCCACGCCAAUACACAAGAGAUCAUAGAACUUCCACUCAGUCGUCCCCCUUGUUAUUAUCAUUGGGACAGAUACAAGGAGGUGGAGGUUUACUUAUCUUGAACGGUACUAGUAAUGGAGGACAACAGCAUUCUUCCUUAGUAUCGCCAUUGUCAGUAACUUCGUUUGUCUGUGAAGAGCCAAGGGACAGAUAUCGUCAACAAUAUAAACCCACUUUUGUAUUAAAAAGGGAAAUUCCAGAUAACCUGCCAAAUACAUGUAUAAAUAAAACGGAAUCUACUUUCGAAGUAGAAACACAGGUAGAAGAGAAAGUAAAUGUAGAAAUUUUUGAUAGAAAAAUAAAGAUGGAACCGAGAAGUCGUGGCCACAUAAUCGCAAGCGCACCGGCGACGCCAUCUCGAUACCCAGAUCUUCUAGAGCGUUUAGAGAAUAAAGUGCAUAUAGAUAACUGUGAUGAUACGUUAGUUUUGUUAGGAACAGAUGCGCAUUUAGAUUCAUCUAGUGGAUUUUUUGACGAGACGUUGGAGUUAUCGCAUGAAGAUAUCCAAAAAACGUUGUCAGCGAAUAUGCCAACGUGUGAAUUAGAUAGAAGUGUAGUACGGUCCACGGAGACCGCUAAUGUAAUGGUAUCCGGUAUUGAUACUAUGGACUUUAUAGAGAGUUGUGAGGCUGUAGCGUCACCCACGCAUGUGGUAGAUGAUAAUGUAUUUGUCAAUUUGGAUGCUUUCGAUAUGCUAGGUGAUUUUCCUGAACUGGAAGUACUAGAUCCGAGCUCAAUUUCCACGAAUCCUAUGUCCUUAUGUGGUAAUUCACCGUCUGACAAUCAAGAAAAGAUGCAGACUGAUAGUAAUAAUGAGCGAGCAUUGAGCAUCACUGAUUACUCUCCGGAAUGGGCGUAUCCCGAAGGUGGAGUUAAGGUACUAGUUGCGGGACCUUGGACUGAGACUUCUGAUCAAUACACGGUAUUGUUCGACAAUUUUCCAGUACCAUCAAUUUUGGUUCAAAAUGGACUCUUGAGGUGUUAUUGUCCAGCUCAUGAGGCAGGUUUAGCUGCGAUGCAAGUGGCUAGAGGUGGCCGCGUAGUGUCUGAUACCGUUGUAUUCGAAUACAAAGCUGGCCCAGCACCCGCACCUACGUCUCCAGCAUCAGCGCCGUUACCUUCGCUGGAUUUUAGGCGGUUCUCAUUACUGCAGCGCUUACAACGCCUACAUGGCCGCUUGCAGUUGAAAACAGAGCCUAUGGAAGAUAAUAAUCAGGUUGAAGACGUCCAGUUGUAUACGAAUCCAAAAUUUGAAGAUCGCCUGGUCACAUUUUGCCAAUCGUUGAGUAAUAGGUCAGCAGGUACUUCUGAGGGCUUUGCAACCGAACCAAGUGAGGAAGGAUCUACAGUCCUCCACUUGGCGGCAGCUUUGGGUUAUACCAAGUUGACCACAGCCCUGCUUCGUUGGCGGCAGGAUGAUAAUAGCUUGGCAUUAGAAAAGGAAGUUAAUUUAGGAGCCAGAGACAGCGAAAAUAAUACACCGUUGAUGGUAGCUAGUGCGGCGGGUCAUACCGACACGGCAGUAGUUUUAGCUCGCUGGAGCGCAGGCACAAGAUGUGAGGCCGGCGCCCGCGCAGCGGCUGCAGCCGCACACCGAGCUGGACAUACCCAACUAGCUGCGUUGCUUGAUAGGAUUCAUCCACCUACGGGAGAUGCGGUUUUCCGGAGACCUUAUAGUUUGUUGCAAAAAGGUCGAACGGGAAGCCUAGAAAGCAACUUAGUGAAAAGACCUUCAAUUGAUAGCGGCAUCAACAUGGCAGAUGCAUUUCGUUCAAACUCCGCUAUUGAUAGGAAUGACUCUACUUCACUGAGGUGGGAGAGAAGUAUGUCUUUACCCUUAGACUCUGACACUUCGGAAGACAGUCUCGGAGAUAUGAAGAUAGGCCGUCGCAUGGAUCUAGCCCUCUGCGAGACGGCGGCCACCACGCCCAGCCCCCCUCUGCCCGCGCGCCCCUCGACGCCCCCCACCUCGUGCGCACCCUGCCCGUCUGCCGCAGGGGAGCAGGAUGACAGAGUGUUCACGUUAGCAGAACAGAUAAUAGCCGCAAUGCCCGAAAGAAUAAAGAACGAAAGCUCUACGUUGUUAUCCGGCUGCGAACUGGACCACGGAUCUGGCGGCGGUGAUGACGCGCUCAUGGUGCCCCUACUUGAUGACACAACUGCGUUCCACGCCGAGUUCAACUUUGAGUUCUGUGACAACACUUACAGAACAUAUUGUGGCGGGUCAACCCCUUGCUCAUCCGGGUCAGUUUCCCCUGGAUCAGCAUUAUCUCCACCCCCAGCAUCACCUUUGUCAACUCUACCCUGUACCCCGUCAGCCACACUGCAGGAGUUUCUGAAUACCACCACACACUUUUCGAGCCUGACUCUCAACGAUCGUGAACAGCGGGAACUGUACUCAGCAGCCAUAACCAUCCAAAAGGCAUACCGUCAGUACCGCGGACGACAACUGCAGCGGCGAGCAGCAGCUGCUGCCAUCACUAUACAGAACUGCUACCGGCGAUACAAACAGUUCGCUUACUUGAAGCAAAUGCACGCCGCCGCCAUUGUCAUUCAGCGAGGUUUCCGCUCGCACAGAGAGAGUCGGCAACAGGCCGCCACUGCGACAAUCAAAAAAACCUACUCACAGCGUCGUCAAAAUCAAGCAGCAAGGAAAAUCCAACAAUUUAUGAGACAAACUAAGAUCAAAUUGCAGAGAGAGCGAGCCGCAAGCGCGAGGGCGGACCGGCUGCUGCAGGAUGCCCGCCGAAACUCGUUGCUGCCCAUCACCAGUACAUCUCACACGCCUAAUAGGGUCAUUGAUUACUUAGCGCCCGAAUCACCUAUGAACGCCGAUGAUGAUUUACUGAUCGAGCUUUUAUUUAAAAUGUGACCUGACACCGCUGCAAAUAUUUACCGAAGAUAAUUAUACCAACGACUUCUGAAGUUAUACGAACAAGUAGGCGCUUAAUGGUUCUUAUUUUAAGCAAAAUUAUUGUUUAUUUACGUUUCACGAAUGUUUUAUAUUUCUAUAGUCUUCGGGUUGCUAACUCGUCUUUAAUAUAUUAAAACGGUCGUUAUAGUCCAAUUUUCUCGAAUUUGAUUUCUGUAGUACAUUCCAGAUCUAUUGUUUAUUGAUUAUCAUCUACAGCUAUUGACUAUUUUACGCUAUAGUUUAGUCUAUCGAGUUUUUUAAAAUUAACAUUGUUUUCUUCUGUUUUUCGUUGGAACUUCAGGUCAUAGACAGGGUUAUAUUUAGUAUAAAUUUUAUCGUAUUUGUAUUAUAUUUUCAUAAUAUAUUUUUGAGAAAUU